GCGUUCCAUUUCUACGACUCCGCCUCACCCGCCCACCUCACCUUUACGCAAAGGCGUCGCCAUUAACGUGCCAGUCAAGCUCCCCACCCCUACCACCGGCAAAAGAACUACCGAGGGACAUGCUUCCCCUAGCUCUCUCCUCCUUCGUCUCCGAUUAAGCAUGCGCGCGGCAGCGCACAGGCUAAUUAAGCUAACAAAAUCUUGUGACCAGCCAGCAGAAGGCCGCGUCGUCUCGACGACUGUGGUGUGUGUGCGCGCGCUUCUUUAUUUGCUUGGCGGCCAAUCGAUCGAUGCCGUCACCGCCGCCGCCGCCGAGGAAUAAUUCUCUCAAGUCGUUCAUGGUGGGCAACGGCAAUCACGCGCCCCAGCAGGUCGGCACGAAGCAGAGGCACGGCGGCGGUGGCUUCCCGAGGCUGUCUGCCUCCAGCAAGGCGUUGGUCCUGCUGCCGCUCCUGCUCCUGGCCUUCAUCUUCCUCUUCGUGUACCCCAAGGAGUUCGAGCUGCAGGCGAUGCUGAGCGCGUGCGGCCCGCCCUCCGCGGAGCCGGCGGCGGCGGGCGCGGCCGUGGUCCGGAAGCCCGACUUCCGGCUGCUCAUCGGCGUGCUGACCCGAGCGGACCUGUACGAGCGGCGGCACCUGCUGCGCAUGGUGUACGGGCUGCAGCUCGCGUCGCCACCGGAGGAGGAGCCCCUGGCCGCGCACGUGGACGUCCGCUUCGUCUUCUGCCGGCUGUACAAGGACGACCAGCGCGUGCUGGUGCCGCUCGAGAUCCUCGCCCACGACGACGUCAUCGUGCUCGACGGCUGCGAGGAGAACCUCAACGGCGGCAAGACGUACACGUUCCUGUCCACGGUGGCGCGGCUCUACGCCGACGAGCCGUACGACUACGUGAUGAAGGCCGACGACGACAUCUUCCUCCGGCUGCCGCAGCUGGUGGCGUCGCUGGGCGGGAUGCCCCGGGACGACAUGUACUACGGCGCCACCAUCCCCUGCGACAGCAUGGACCCGUUCCGGGACUACAUGGCCGGCAUGGCCUACGCGCUGUCGUGGGACCUCGUGCAGUGGAUCGCCACCUCCGACGUGGCGCGAAACCACAGCGUGGGCACGGAGGACAUGCUCACGGGGCUCUGGCUCAGGAUCGGGGACAAGGGGAAGAACCGCUUCAACGCCAAGCCGGCCAUCCAUGACUACCUCAACCCGGUGCCGGUGGACCAGUGCGAGCACGAGUUCAUGCCAAGCACCAUCGGUGUGCACAGGCUCAAGAGCAACCCGAGGUGGGCGGAGGCGCUCAAGUACUUCAACUUCACGGCAGGGCUCAAGUCGUCCAAGUUCUACAAGAUCGACUAACACCUCUAGCUCUCCUAUCUACUGCUUGCUGUGAGUAAGGCCAGGAUCGAUCCAUCGGAUGCAUGCAUGCGCUGCUUAAUUUUUGUGGGAGCUUUUUAAUUUAUUUAUACAUAAAAACAAAUGUGUUCUUCGAUUUGAUCUGUGCUCUGCUUAUCACAAACUCCAUCUUUCCACUUGUUUUUUUUUUUACAAAAUUUUGUACUUCAUAAUUUUUUAAGGAGUCAGUAAGAAGAACUGACAGUUAUACUAAACAAGAGA